GCGCAACCAUUGGUGCAUUCGUACCGGAUUACGAACGAGCUGUUGGUAAAAGAAGUAAUCGUUUUCUUCUUUUUUCUUCUAAUUGCAAAGCAUAACAUCAUCAUCACCAUCUAUACAGUCCACCACAUCAUCUCCUAAACAUCAUCACCGUGUUUCUAUCAAAAACAAUCAGUAUGUCGGUGAAAAUCUAUUCGGAAGAAGAACAUUUGAAUGUUGAUGACGGUAUUGACUACAAUGAACCUCGGCCCACCGAUCCCCAAGCUGGAAUGUCGUCAGCUGCAGUGGAAGCAGCCCUUGCUGAGCCGAUCGCGGCUGUAAAAAUAUCAGAACAUGGGUCCGAAUCCGAUAAAGCGGAUUCAUCUGCGGCCCUCGCUGAACCGAUGCAAACCGAGUCCGAAUCCAUAUCAACGGAUUCAUCUGCGGCUCCGGUCCUUGAUUCAUCCCCCCAAAAUGUUACAUUACAAACCGAGUCCGGAUCUUCGGGUCCAUCUGCGGCUCCGGUUGCCACACCUCAUUUGGAGGAGUCGGAAAAUAAUUUAAGGUCCGAAACCCAUAAGGUUUCAUCUGCGGCCUCACAUAAAUGUCGCCUUUGUGAAAUGUCGGCUGACCGUUAGUUCGAUCUAUGACCGGAGUCAGUCCAUUUCAAUUGUGGCUGUGGUAACCAAUUUGGACCAUGCGCUUACGCCUACAGCGGUAAUCCCCGAGCGCAUUCGUGACUCAUUUUUAGGUCUUUC